UCAUGUCAAUGCCUUGGCUUUGGUGCGGAACAAAUAAAUUGAAUUAGACUGACAAAUCUUGAUUGAACAUUUGUGGUGAGUGUUCUUAUGCUUUUGAGGAGUAUUGACAAUGUUUUCGAGACAAAGUGGACCUCCGCUAUAAAUACACCUUUCCCAUUUGUCUCACAUGUCACUUGGUGUCUUAAGUCUUACGUCAAGGAAGAUUAAGGUAAUAGGCUUUCUUCCAUGAAGCCCAUGUCCUGCCUCCGCAGGCCUAUUCCACAUGCUCCUCCAGGAAUAUGGACACCUUUUAUGUCGCAUUACAUAUCGCUUUGAUAUAUUAUCUCAUCACCCCUGGGUCACCAACUUGUCUGACCGGUUGCUCCUGCACAGAUGACCACUUGGGAAGGUCUUUACUAUGUAUGGAAACCUCCAUGGGACGAAUCCCAGAGGAUAUCCCUCAUGAUUUCAUUAAAAUCCGAAUUGAAAACUGCCACCUCACCGAGUUACCUCGAGGGGCUUUCUCUCAAAUGAGUGCCUUGGAGUUUCUCUGGCUGAAUUUUAAUAAAAUCACCUUGAUGAACAUCAAAAGCUUAGAUGGGCUGACCAACCUGACUGAGCUCCGGCUGCAAGGUAACAAGCUGACUUCAGUAACAUGGAUGGCGUUUCAGGACACACCAAAACUGAAGAUUUUGGACCUAAAGCACAAUCGACUAGACAUCCUGCCCGAACACGCUUUGAGACACUUACCUGCACUGACCUACUUAGAUUUAUCCUUCAAUCAGCUUAGUGUCAUAUCAAAAGAUGUCUUCAUUAAUUGGCCUCUUUACCAAACAGCAGAGAAAGCGUGGGGGAAAGAAGGGCUGGUCUCCAAUAUGGUUCUGGCGCUACAUGACAACCCUUGGUUGUGUGAUUGCCGCCUCAAAGGCUUUGUUGAAUUCAUCAGGGCGGUCAGCCCUCCCAUCAUUCUCAUGAACUCUUAUUUGAUGUGCUCGGGCCCCGCCUCCAAAGCUGAAAAGUUUUUCCACGAGAUCCAGUUAAAAACAUGCAUGAAUCCGGUGGCCUCUGCCCCAGAGACUAACAUCACUUUACCUCUUGGUGCAAAUGCAACACUCACAUGCUUAGUAAAGGCCAGGCCAGGUCCAACCAUUCAGUGGAUGUACAGUCUGAAGAUUAUAAGAGGAUUUGCUGCUACAGAGACUCACAUAGACGAGGAGACAGUCAACUCCCAGCUGGUAAUCCCCACUCUUCACCUGGCAGACCGAGGACUCUACACCUGCAUGGCCAACAACUUUAUUGGCAACUCCUCCGUCAGCAUCACAGUUAACAUCAACUCAUCCGAUUCCUCUGCUCCUCUCCCUCCACCUGUCCCCAUGCUGUCAUCCGAUGAGAAUGCCUACAUUGACAUCCGCAUUGCCAAGCAGACAGUUUACGGUAUCACCCUGGAGUGGUACGCAACAACGGACAACCCAGCAGAAACCUGGUUCACCAUCCACUUUGGCAAAUACGAUUCACACAAAAAGGAGAUGAUCUACAUUGGCCCCGGCAUCAACAGCUACACUGUCAGCGACCUGCUUCCUGUUACCAAAUAUAAGGUGUGUGUGACCCUGAAGAACCAUCCACCGAGAGAAGGCCAGUGCAUAGUGUUUGUGACGGGAAGUGACAUCAGUGAGCUGGAGCAAAGAGAGAGGCUCAUCCACAUUAUUGUCAUUGUUUGCGCCAUGGUGUUGGCAGUGCCGGCCGGCAUGUUUGCCUGCACUACAGAGGCCAGGUUCAGCUGCGUGGAUCGCUGCGUUAAACUGUGGAAGAAGCACAGGCUGCAUGGAGAGGAUCUGCAGGGGGCAGAGAGGCAGGGCACCUUCGACAGCCUGCAAGCGGCCAGCGAUGAAGGCCUGUGCAGGGACUCGGAGGAAAAGCCGAAAAAGAGGCGGAAGUCUGAGGACAGGAGCAAAGGAGGAAGUGCAGCUCAUCUGUACUAGCAUCAAAGUCAAUACAUGUACAUAUAUGUGUAUUUGUAAAUAAUGUCAGUUUUGAGUGUAGCACCAGUUGUGCUUCUUGUAUAUUAUCUUGUCUAAAGCUAUUUUCGAAAAAUCUGAUGACUAAAAUGUAAUGAGUCAUCAGAUUUUCAGAAAAUACCUUUGAUCUUAAGGAAUGGUAAGGUAUUGUUAACAUAUUUUCACAAUCCUCAAGGACUAUUGCAACCAUCCGGAUGAAAAAAUAUUCAAUCUGCUGCAUGAUAAAAAAAAUAUUCUAAAGUUGCUCCGUUUCCUAUCCAAGAAGCCGGAAAUGCAGCCUGUUCUCAUGAACCAUACGUCCGAAAAGCUACGAAAAGAAGAAGCGGCUACGCACAUCUACUAACUGCCGAUGAUAUGGCGAGCUGUGACAGAGGUCUGUAGCCGCGUCACAAAGCUCUGUAGAGGCUUAAACAUCCAGCAACUGCUGCUCUGUAGCACGGAGCUCUGUAGUCGAUGUCACGUGGCCAGCCGGCGGUCUCCUAGUUUUCGUACGUUUUAGUGUGUGUAACUUUUCGUCAAUAUCAUACGAACCCGUUCAUGAGAAUGCGUUGAGAAAUUACACAUCUCCUUUCCCUUUUAUGUACAACAUUGGGAAUAUAUGUUAACCCAUUAUUUUGUUAUACAAUAAUGGAAAGAAAAAUCAAUGCAGACAAAUAAUAUAGUUGAUAGUAAACAUUUUUAAAUUUGAUUUACUCUUCAAAUUGAGCAACUACAUACAUCAUUUCUGGCCAUCAGAGAAGCAGCAAACAUACUAUUUUUUUAUCCAGAUGACCAGAAUAGUCUUUGAGGAUUCUGGAAUGCAGAAUAAGGUUUUUUUUUUUUUUUAAUGAUCUUCUACAUUUUUAAAAGAUCGCAGGGUAUUUUUUUUCCGGAAAGCUCCGGGACUCGAAUGUAGCACUUGCACAUUAGAGGCACAAAUUGGUGCUGUAAGUACUGUAUAUAGUCACCCUGUAAAUAUAAUUCUCAGGCUAUUAGCUCAAAGCGGUGAUUGCCUUUCUUCCUUAUCAUGAGAAGAGUUUUAUUAUCUGUGUUAAUAUACAUGUACAGAAAGAAGUUUGUGAUGAAAUGCAUUUGAUAUUUCUUUGGUUUCAGUUUUUUUCUUAAAGUUUUGAUACUGCAUGCAAAAAUUCCCAAAUUUAAAAAAUGUGAAUAACUAAUAUUUUGUAUAUUUCUUAAUUGUCAACUUCACCAAACUAAAUUGUAAGUGUGUGUGUUGGUUCAUGGUUCAGGAUAUUUUAAUCCAUUUUAUGUUGAAAAAAAUAAAUAUUUUUUUAUUGGUUUUCUUUUCACAGACUGCAGAUUAAGUAAUGAAAUUAUGUUUGAUGUGGAUUAAAGAAAAGUCAGAGACAAAUGCUAAGACACAUUUUUCGCACAAUUACUCAGAGGAUUUGUUACAUAAGCAGUGUUUUCCCGUGCAUUUAUACAUACACCCGUAAGCAGAUUAAAGUGAUUUUCUAUCUGAAUCCUAGUCAGCAGGACAUGAUAUUUCCAUUUAAUGACAGUUUUGAUCUUACUGUGUGUCUAUGUACACUGUAGGGAAGGGUAUUUUUACAUUUUCAAUUUGCUUUUUUCAGUCUAAUAAAAAAUAGUCAUUUUUAUCUAGUUAAACGCAAUUAAAUAGAUAUAUUGAGUAAGAUGAAAAACAGUUUUAGUGUUAAAUAUUGUUGUUUAGUCAGUUCAAAUCCACAGUGGAAUCAUUACAUCCGUUUUUAACAGAUGAAUUAAAAGGUGUUAUUCAUUGCUAAACAUGAUAUAUUAAUAUGUAAAUAAUUAUAAUUAUGAUGAUGUCAUAUUUUGAGCAGUGGUGGAAGAAAUAAAAGUACAAAAACCACAAUCUAAAAAUAAUUAUUCAAUUACAAGUAAAAGUUCUGCAUUUAAGAAAAAGUACGGAAGAUGUACUCAAAGUGUCAACAGUAAAAUACUGAUUCUGCAGAAAAAUGGCCCUUGUAACUGAUUAUCAUAUACCAAUGCAUCAAUGUGUAAGUAUCAUUUUAUUGAUGUAGCUGCUCAAGGUGGAGCUUAACUACAUGUGUGUAUAUAGUACAUUUAUAUUAUUUUAUAUACAGUUACAGUUACUUUGGUACAGUAGUUCCAAACCUAUGGGUCAGGCCCCUCCAAAGGGUCACAAGAUAAAUCUGACAGGUCAUGAUUCACAGGGUAGAACAGAUGAAAAACAUAGAUCUGAUAAACAUAUCUGUAUCAAUUCUUCUAACCUUUCUCUAACCUUUGCUUUUUUGUGAAACUUUGAAUACUUUGGGCCUUGAAUAAAACAAUCUGCCACAACUA